GAUAUCACUCAAUUAAGUCUUUUUAAGUUCAUAAAAUAGAAUUGGCAGCACUGAAAAAUGCGAGCGCAAUUUUCAAUUUGUUUAUUAUCACCAGUAAGUGUAAAAAGAAUUUUUAAGAAAUCGCUAAUGCUAAUAAAGGUAUAAUUGUUAAAACCUCUAAAUAUAUAUUGAAAAUAUGUCGUAUAUGAGAGAACAAGAAACCGUUGAUACAACCGCCCUGGCUAACUGCUCUGUGGAAUUAGAAGAGGAGUUUGGUCCUGUCUCAAUUACCAAGUUGGAAGUUAAUGGAAUAUCAAACAAUGACAUCAAACGACUACAAGAGGCGGGAUUUCAUACGGUGGAGUCAAUAGCAUUUUCACCAAAGAAACUUUUACUGCAAAUACGUGGAUUCUCUGAAACAAAAGCUGAUAAGAUCCUUACAGAAGCAGUUAAGCUUGUACCGAUGGGUUUCACCACUGCCACAUCUAUUUAUCAAAAACGUUCCGAAAUUGUAAUGCUCACAACCGGUUCGAAGGAGCUCGAUAAAUUACUUGGGGGAGGCAUCGAAACAGGGUCCAUAACUGAAAUGUUUGGAGAAUUCCGUUGCGGCAAAACGCAAUUAUGUCAUACAUUGGCUGUAACAUGCCAGUUACCAAUAAGUCGGAGUGGUGGUGAAGGUAAAUGCUUGUAUAUCGAUACGGAAGGUACAUUUCGACCGGAACGUUUAGCUGCCAUUGCGGAACGAUUCAAACUUGUUAAGGAGGAGGUACUUGAUAAUGUUGCCUGUGCUCGAGCCUACAACACAGAUCACCAGACGCAGUUGCUGACACAAGCUGCUGCAAUGAUGGUGGAAUCACGGUAUGCCCUACUUGUAGUUGAUAGCGCAACUGCUUUGUACCGUACUGAUUACACAGGGCGAGGUGAAUUAUCGGCACGUCAAAUGCAUCUGGCACGUUUUUUACGUCUAUUGUUGCGCUUAGCUGAUGAGUUUGGUGUCGCUGUAAUUAUAACAAAUCAAGUGGUAGCUCAAGUCGAUAGCGGUCCGGCAAUGUUUGCAGCGGACACUAAAAAACCUAUAGGUGGAAAUAUUAUCGCCCAUGCAUCGACUACUAGGCUAUAUCUGCGUAAAGGACGAGGUGAAACUCGUAUCUGUAAAAUAUACGACUCGCCGUGUUUACCCGAGAGUGAAGCUACAUUUGCUAUUUUACCCGACGGAGUCGGAGAUGCAAAAGAAUAAAUUAAAUGCAUCUUUUUUUUUUAUUUUUAACUAAUUACCUUUACAUGUUGUUUAUAUUUAAAUAAUUAAUACUUACUUUUCAAUUUGUGAUGUGUAAUUGGAAGCAAUUACGCAAUAAAAGGAUAUUUAAGAUAAUUAUUAAUGGAUAUUGAUAGCUUUAUUAUGUGUAUGCGUUGCUUGUAUAUCUUUAUAUAGAAAAUCUCUAGAUACUAUUUCAUAUUUAUUGAAUUUAUGUGAUGUUCUUCAGUUCAUUAUCUAUAAACUCGCAUCAAUUUAAUCAAAUAACGAAAUUAUUGACAUAAGAAAUGUAAAUACAAAUAAUUUAUGAGAUUUGGCAACUUAUUGGUGUGACACAUUAUAAACGCAUAGAUGAUAUCAAAGAUGUGUUGAAGCGUAUUGAAACCAAUCCCGCUGGUUUCAUUAGUAGGAUAGUUGACAUAUUUUAUUAAUGUAAGAUGUCUGUUUCGAGCAACAAUAUACUUUUAUAAGCCAAUGUUA